AUGGCGCAGCCCAUGUCGCAGAAGAAGCAGCAAGAGCUGCAAGUUCAAUAUUCAAACUACAAAAACAUUCUCCAACAGCUCGCACAGAAGAUCGGCGAUGUCGAACAGGAAACCGAAGAGCACAAGCUAGUUCUCGAGACCCUGGAGCCCCUUCCCGAAGAUCGGAAAUGCUUUCGCAUGAUCAACGGCGUGCUGGUGGAGAGAACAGUGAAGGAUGUGGUACCGGCGCUGAAGACAAACUCGGAGGGCCUGAAGAAAGUUUUGGAGGACCUGCUGAAGCAGUACAAGUCAAAGCAGGAGGAAAUGGACAAGUGGAAGAAAAAGAACAACAUCCAGGUCGUGCAGCAGUAG